UGCUCCUUCAACAAGCCAUGGUGAUGCAAGAAAGGUCGCCAAGUUGUCAUCUUCAUUGUUCUUCCUCUCUUGGCAGCCUUGUUUCUUUUAUUUAUAGUCGUCGGCGUUUCUUCCAUUUAUUACCAAAGACGAAGAAAUAAAGAGAAAGUGGUUCUUGAAAGGAGCAGCAGAAAUCCAUUUUCAAUAUGGAAUUAUGAUGGGAUUGAUGCAUUUGAACAGAUCGUGGAAGCGAUAGAGGGUUUCAAUGACAAAUACCUCAUUGGAACUGGAGGGUAUGGAAAAGUUUACAAAGAAAAUCUAUCAUCAGGCCAAGUAGUAGCUGUGAAGAAACUUCACCCACUCGAAGGUGACUAUCAAUCCGAUCAAAGAAGUUUUAGAAAUGAGAUUCGAGCAUUAACAGAAAUCCGUCAUCGCAACAUUGUGAAGCUUUAUGGUUUUUGUUCCCAUGCUCAAUUAUCAUUUCUAGUCUAUGAGUACAUGGAAAGGGGAGGCUUGGCUAGCAUCCUAAGCAAUGACAGAGGAGCUAUAGAGUUGGAUUGGACUCUAAGGGUGAAGGUUAUUAAAGGUGUGGCCCAUGCAUUAUCUUACAUGCACCAUGAUUGCACCCAGCCAAUUGUCCAUCGAGACCUAUCAAGCAACAACGUUCUGCUGAAUUCGGAAUUUGAGGCCUGUGUCUCUGACUUCGGCACUGCAAGAUUGUUGAUACCUGAUUCAUCCAAUUGGACUACCCUCGUAGGCACUUACGGAUACAUCGCUCUAGAGCUUGCAUUUACAAUGAGGGUGACUGAAAAAUGCGACGUAUAUAGCUUUGGUGUGGUGGCGCUUGAAGUGAUGAUAGGAAGGCAUCCUGGGGAGCUCAUCUCCUCUUUGUCAUCACCAAGUAGACAUGAUACACUGUUAAAGGAUAUGUUGGACCAACGUCUCUUGGAUCCAAUGACUGAGAUUGCACAGGAAGUCUUAUUUGAGGUGUGCACGGCACUUUCAUGCAUUCGGCUAGAUCCAAACUCUUGGCCAACCAUGCACUACGUGACAAAACCACAACACACAAAACAGAAUAUUACAAACACAACAAGAAUGUUUGUGGUGAAUAUUUUUGCCCUCAACUGA